UCGCUUGCUGUCGCCCGUAGCAUGUAACGUACUCUUCUCAGACUGUUUAACAAACGUGAGAGCAAGCCGAGGUCAUCGCUCCCAGCUGUUUGACUAGCUAGCCGAACGGAUACGUACAUCCGUAUCCGACGUUAGCCAGGCGGCAAAGUGAAUGGAGACGGCGAGCCAGUGGAUUUCCUCGGCGACAGUCACAAGUGUAUGAGGGUUGCCAAACAACAAGCAUCACCCGAGCUGUUAUCCGUCAGGGGUUAACGGUUAGCCGCUGGAGAGUCAGCCCUGUCCCCCUUUCUCUGCUCUGGUUGGAGCCUGGAGUUUGCUUUUUCUAGAUGUAAAGAGGUGGCAACUCCAAAAUUCACACAGUAAGAUCAAGGAUCAAAUCUACUCAAUGGUACCAUACAAUGACUGAGACUGAGCUCCUGGAUUGAAAGGGUCAGAGUAGGGCGACAAUGCCUGCAGAUUGUAGCGUUGGAUGUCUCUGUGGUGUGGCACCUGAUGUCUUGCAACAAGCGCGUUUGUCCAGAAAACCCUGACCACAGGAUACUGCGGGCGUCGGCUACCUGCUGGGCCCUAGCUCCAGGCCCCUGCCCCAGCUCAGCCCUUUCUCACCCCCUCCGUACCCCUCGUACCUAGAUCGCCUACCCGCUGACCCCUCCCACUGAAUUACUAUUUUUAAACUGCCCGUUUCCACUCCGACCCAGCUACUCACAGUUCCUCCAGCUACCCACCCCUCCUCCUCCUUCCCUUCUCCCUCCCACGCUCCCCCUUGGUGUCGGCCCCAGUAUCAUGCUGGGCACGCUCUUGCGGAGAAACAUGUCCCAGAAGCUGAGCGUGCUGCUGUUGGUGUUCGGCCUGGCGUGGGGACUCAUGCUGCUGCGUUAUACCGUGCAGCAACCACGCCACCAGAGCAGCGCUGAGCUGCGUGAGCAGAUCCUGGAGCUCAGCCGGCGCUAUGUCAAGGUCCUGACUGAGGAGAACCAGAACAUGCCUGGUGGGCCACAGGGAACGUCCAUGGCUGGAUACGCUGAUCUGAAGAGAACCAUAGCUGUGCUGCUGGAUGACAUUCUGACACGGCUGGUCAAACUGGAGGGGAAAAUAGACGUGGUGGUCAAUGCCUCCGCCACUAACACCUCCCACACAACAGGGGGCGUACUUGCCUCUGCUCCUGCUGCCUUACAGAAAGCCUCCAAGCAGGCCACACCCGGCAGCCAUCCAGGAACACCACGCCUUCACCCACACCCACUUUACAGGCCAAAACAGCAUCAAGGAGCAUAGUGUUAAUAGAUGUAUAUUUUUAUGCACUACACUUUUUAAGUGUUCACUGAUCAAACACUUACAAUAAAGAAAAGCAAUAAGGUGAACUUUGGACACCCACUGUCCUAGGACACAGAAUCUCUUUCAGAAAUGUUUAUUCAAUUUGAAAUGAAUGGAAGAGAACUGCUUGAUGUUUUUUCUUUUCAUAUGCUGAUAUUUUUUUACCAGAGCUACUCAGCACCUUUUGAUAUUUUCAUUGCUGAUUUCUUUGGCUUAAAUUUCAGCUUUCUCUGACGGCAGAAAAUGGAUGGAACUGGCUGUUAGAGUAAAUACAUAGAGUUGAACACUCAGAACUGGUACUCUACUUAAAUACUUUGCCCUACAGGUGGCUGGGAACAUUAAAGUGUGCACAGCACCUAUGCAUUUACAAUAUUGCUUUCCUGAAACAAAAUGCUGAACUAGACCAUACAUUCUGUUAAUGGUGGUUCAGAAAUGCUGUAUUUCAGUUUGCCGCUGGUCAAGUUGCUUAUUAUGUAGAGCUCAUAAAUCUAAAAGAUUUUAUGAAUACUUAAAAGAUUGGUUCACUUAUGUGAGCUAGACCUCAUCAAACGUUAUUGGGUAUCAUUUGGAAUCAUACAGUAAACAAUUUCUAUUAUUCUUUCAAUAUUGAGAAACUUGAACACUUCACCAAAUCUUCUCCCCUGGCUUCAGCACAGUCUAUUCGGACAAUUGUUUAAAGGCAUGGUGGUCCAGUGGUUAGUGCUGUUGCCUCGCAGCAAGAAGGUCCUGGGUUUGAACCCCAGGCUGUCGCAGGUCCUUUUUGUGUGGAGUUUGCAUGUUCUCCCUGUAUCUGCGUGGGUUUCCUCUAGGUGCUCUGGUUUCCUCCCACCAUCAAAAAGACAUG